AUUGCUACUGCAGCGUGAAACUAAGCUUUGGCUUGUGACUUGCAAUUAUCGCGAUGGUCCCUGCCCGCGUUUUUAAUUAUUUUGACUGUCGAUUGCAUUGUGCACUAUGGCAAAGCGAAUACUCACUCACCUCAAGGAUAUUGGUGCUACCGUGAAAGCUGUUGCUUCAGUUGCGAGCGCCAAUGUCGCUAAACCAGGAGUAGCCAGGAUGCUGUCGAAUCCACCCAUUGUCCAGUCCAUUCAGGCCCAUGCCAAGAACCAAACAAACGACAACAAUGUAAUGCACUAUUCCAAUAUUCCCGAGUCAGGCAGCAAAAUAGAGAGUAUACAAACCGAAGUUCGAAGUAUCAUGCGAAAGGUUCCACAAUUAGUUGUAGUGGUAACCACAGCUCAUCCAAAUGACCCAAAAUACCGCCGAGGCAUCACAGUAUCAUCGUUCACAUCUAUCUCCCUUCAUCCAUACCCACUUAUAUCUUUUUGUGUACGAAAGCCAUCUCGAGCAUCCGAUCUUUUACAUUUGGCCAACCGAUUUGUGGUUCAAGUACUAAGCAGUCAUCAAGUUCAGCAAUCUAUUGCGUUCUCGUCGCCUAACCAAGAAGGCAUCGAUCAGUUUAAAGAUACACAGUACUAUAUUGAUCCAGAGACAGGAAAUCCUGUGUUAAUGGGCUCGGUUGGUGCCAUGCACUGCUCGACGCACAAAGUCAUUGUUCUCGGAGAUCACGAGCUUUGGGUGGCAAAAGUUGAUCGAGUAGAUCAUGGAGUAGGAAGUAUGCAAGGAACAAGAGAAGAAAGCACACCUUUGCUAUACCAUGAUCGCCGCUAUCAUAGCGUGGGUGAAGAAGUAUUUAUGCAAGCGUUUGAAGACCACACACUUGAUUUUCGGCAAUGGACUCAUCGCGCUCACGUUAGAAUGGCAUGGAAUUAUCUUCGUGAAAUGGAUAAAGAGGAAGCAAAACCACUUAUCAAGAGCGGCAUAGAUUCUUAUUAUAAAGCCAACAAGGACAAGGUGCAAUUUAGUUAUAACGAGACCAUCACUGAAUUUUUUGUCGAGUUGAUUUGUGCGGCCGUACAAGCUGACGCUCUCAGCGGACGACUAGACGAAAAUGACUUUUUCGAGUUCCUGGAACGAUAUCCAAUGCUUAAAGACCGAAAAGUUAUUAACCAAUUUUACUCGCGUGAGUUACUCCACAGUGAUCAGAGUAAACAACAAUUUAUUCAGCCUGAUCUGCAAGCACUUCCCUCCGCCCAGCAAUUGAUAGCCCCGAAGGCAACCGGCGCCUAAAAUUAACAUUCGUUGUGGCUGGCGUAAACCUUUUUGCACCACCGGACUGACGUUCCAUUUGUGUUCCAAUUCCUUUUACUAUUAGCAUUUAAUCAUUCUACCGAAUACAUGCGCAUCAUAGCCCGUAAGAAACAAAAUUCGAGUUUCUAUAUCACUCUCAACGAGGAACGGUAUUGGUUUCCUGGCGACUGUCUUCGCGGCAAAGUUACAUUGCAUUUGUCGAAACCUUGUAAAACCACCAGUAUACGGGUAUGCUUGUGGGGAAAAGUCACUACCA